UAGCUAGCAAAACAAAACAAGUUUUGACAAUACACAAGAGAAGAGGUUUCGAACGUCACUUUACAAUAAUAAGAGAAUCAGUAAUGGGAGACGCAAACAUGGCACCCAUGACGGAACUGGCGAGGUUGAACUUAAGGCGUCACCGCCAGUCCCUCAUCGAUGAUCUCGAUGUGGAGUUCAUUUACGAUCACCUAAUAGCUGAAAUGGUCCUAGAGAUCGAUGAUGUGGAGCUUAUCAUGUCAAAGGCAACAAGGAGAAGAAAAGCAGUGACCUUCCUGAACAUGAUCACAACCAAAGGACAGCAUGCCUACAACUGUACGUACACUGUGCUGAAGAAGAUGCAGCCCCAUCUUGCCUUGUUCCUGGAAGAUGCAGUUACCGGGCAACAGGGUCAUCUUGUCAAAGGAGAAUCUUUAGAUGGGUUUACAAAGGCACAAGCUGACAUAGCACUGAGGAAGGGUGGUGUGCCGAUACCCCCGUCUGUCUUCACGCCCCGUCCCAACCACAUUGUCAAGAUCAAGGAAGCUUUGAUGAAAUUAAAGUCUGAGCCGGGUUGGUGUGUCGUGCACGGGAUGGGAGGCAUCGGUAAAUCAGUACUAGCCGCUGCUGCAGUUAGAGAUACAGAAAUACUCUCAGAUGUCUUUCCCGGUGGCCUGUUUUGGGUGUCCAUUGGUAACGUUGAUAAAGUCAAGCUACUAUCCAAAGUCCAAAACCUUUGUGCGAGACUCGAUGAAGGCGUUGAUCGGUCUCCUCCCCACAACCUCGAAGAAGGCAAGGAUAGACUGAGGGCACUCUUCAUCGACAAACAUCCGAGAUCCCUAUUAAUACUUGAUGAUGUAUGGUCAACGAGGGUCCUCCACACUUUUGACGUCCAAGCAAGGGUCAUGGUGACAACUAGAGAUAGGGGAGUGACAGACAGGGUUACAGGUCCAGUUCAUCGGGUGCAGCUAGAAGAAGGCUUCUCGGAGGAACAAGCUCUAUCAACCUUGGCAGCCUGGACACACCAGCAAGUUGAUACCCUACCCCCUGAAGCAAAGGAAAUCUAUGAAGCCUCUAAAGGCUCUCCUCUAGUCAUAUCAAUCAUUGGUGCCCUGCUCGCUGAUCACCCUAACAGAUGGAAGUAUUACCUUGACAAGUUAACAAGAAAACGUUACGGGAGCCUGAAGAAGGUGACGGCCUACGAGUAUGGUAGCGUUGGUGAAGCAAUGGGGAUGAGUCUGGAACAGUUGCCUGAAGAGCUGAGAGAUGUCUAUAAAUCAUUUGCGAUAUUUGCUGAAGAUGUGCCAAUCCCAGCAUCAGUGCUGGGAGUGAUGCAUGGGGAGGAGCAGGAAUCAAUAGAGGACAUGAUGGAGGAGAUCAUUAAUAAAUCACUUGCAUUCCAGGAAUGGAACACGACAUAUAAGUGCCAAAUGUACACCAUCCAUGAUCUACAACUUGAUUUUCUAACUGAAGAGUAUAAGAAAGAUAUACAGGAUAUGAACAAGAAGCUAGUCAAUGCCUUCAAGAACCAUUGUAAGAGCAAGUAUUACACCCUUCCAGAUGAUGGCUACAUACAUAUGUACCUUGCAGGGCAUAUGGCUCAGGCUGAGGAAUUCGCUGAGCUCCAAACCAUACUCACAUGCCUGCGAUGGAUUACAAAUAAAGUCUCACUGACGGGGCCAGCGAAUACCUUGAGUGACUAUGUUAGCUAUAAGAAACUUUUAUCGCCGCAGGCCCAAGAAAUUGUUAGUCAGUUCCAGUACUUUGUGAGUGUGAACGCACAUCUCUUCAUGCAAUCGCCCCUCCCUGACAUCUGCCAGCUAGCUCUUUUACAACCCAACAACACCGAGGUCUGUCAACAAUCCAGACAACUAGUCAAAACAAGACAGGAUGAUUUCUAUGUUGAAUGGUGCAAUAAAUACCUAGUACGUGAUUCCCUAUUAAUGACGAAUACACCGCAUUCUGGAGGGACGACAUGUGCUCAGUUCAAUUCCGCCGGCAAUCGUAUCCUGUCUUGUGGGGAGGACGGCUAUGUGAAGUUAUGGAGUAGUGAAUCUGGCAAAUCGGCUUUUAGUGUCGAAGCUCAUAAUAACUGGGUCAACUGGUGCGAGCUGUCACCUGACGGGAGCACCAUGGUCACAUGUUCCAAUUCCAACGUCAAACUGUGGAGGAUCGCAAACGGAGGGCAUGCGUCCAGUCCGACGAUGAUUCGUAAGAUUCCCGGCGACUGGCUGAGGGCGAUAUUCUCUCACGACGGGACGAAGAUUGCCAUGUGCUCAAUAGAUGGACUUGUAGAGAUACUUGACCUCAAGGAAGAUCGUAGAAGAAUGAUCCGUGCAAGUGAGUCUGUGAUCAGAUCACUAUGCUAUACCCUUGAUGAUAGAUACAUUAUUUCAUGCUCAGAUGAUACUAUUGCCAAGGUCUUUGAUGCUUCCACCCCUAAGUCUGACCCCGUCGUGUCCUACUCCGGUCACACGACAUCCAUCAUCAGCGCUAGCCCUUCACCGGACGGUCAGUACGUGGCCACCACGGGGGGCAGCGAUAUUCAUGUCUGGACCCUGGUUGACGGUGGAUUGGUCGGGAAGUGUAUGAGUGAAGCCAAUAGUGUCCUAUGCUGUGAGUUCUGUCCGAAGGGGGAUAUCAUCGCAGGGGGUCUCUCGUCGUAUGAGAUUGUGUUAUGGGAGACAAGACGUUACAAACCGGUGGCUGUCUACAAAGGGCACACAUCCUGGGUCAUGAGCGUCAAGUUUGAUGUCAAAGGUGAAAGGUUGGUGUCGGCAUCGGAUGAUGAAACUGUCAGGACGUGGAAGGUCGAGUAUGGACAUGGUAAGGACCUGAACAGCGUUUGGAAGAGAGAUUUUACGGCUUGCUUCUGUGAGGGCGAAAAGAGACUCAAGUUUGUGGUUGCAGGGGAUAACAAGAAUCGCUGCCUGGUAACUGAUGGAAGAAACGCUGAUCAGACUCGCAUACUAAGUGAGGAAUCUCGGAGGAUUAGAGCCUUUGCAUUAUCCAGUGAUAACACAAAGGUUGCCUAUGGAUCAGAUGGAGGUGCUGUGAAGGUAGCAAAUGUAGAAAGCCAUGCAGUAGAAAGGUCCCUUGAUGCUCACUCCAAAGAAGUCCGUCAAUGUCUCUUUACAAGUGAAGGUUAUACCCUGAUUACAUGCUCCAAUGAUAGUCUUAUUAAAAUUUGGCCCGAAGGUCGCGAGGUCAUCGUCUGCAAAGGUCAUACACAAGCUGUCACACAAUGUCAAUUAUUUGAGAAGGAUACAAGAAUACUCUCAUCAUCACAUGAUGCUACUUUAAAGAUUUGGGAGUUGAGUAGCGGUAACUGCCUAGCAACCAUCGAGGCUCAUUCUGAUUGGAUAUUCAUGUGUUCCAUUUCACCUGAUUACUCAUUGGUUGCUUCGGUGUCUGUUGAUAAAACAGCUAAGGUAUGGGAUCUUCAGUCCCACAAACUCAAAAAGGUGCUAGAUAAUCACAAUGAGACUGUGCGAACAUGCAGAUUUUCCCCUGACUGUACUCUGCUAGCUACUGGUGAUGACAAUGGAAUUAUAAGGAUAUGGAACAUAUCAACCGGCAUUGAGGUUGGUGAAUGUCACAAGCACAAAUCCUGGGUGACGGAUAUCAAGUUCUCUCCUGAUGCUACUAUUGUUAUGACUGCAGGGGAAAAUGUCAGGUGGUGGCAGCUCGAUGGUACCCCUCUGCAGACAUUCCAUGUGCGAGGGACUUUCACAAGGCAGGUUCAGGCCAGUCCGUCCUUCCAGACGUUCGUCACCAUCGACAGUGCAGGCAUCCUUUAUCUUAUGUGCAGGGUCAAGCCGAAUAGUAGAGAGAACGGGGACGCAACAAAAGUGGUAUACGUUUAGAGAAUGGUAGUUUCUCUUCAUUUAGGAGUGUUCUCGUCUUCAGAUGACCUUAGACAGUCAAACAUCCUUUAUCUUAUGUGUAGGGUCAAGCUUAACAGUAGAGAGAACAGGGACGCUAUGAAAGUGGUAUACGUUUAGAGAAUGGUAGUUUCUCUUCAUUCAGGAGAGUUCUCGUCUUCAGAUGACCUUAGACAGUGCGGACAUCCUCUAUCUUAUGUGUAGGGUCAACCUGAACACUAAAGAGAACGGAGAAGCAACGAAAGUGGUAUACGUUUAAAGGACGGUAGUUUCUCUUUAUUUAGGCGUGUUCUCGUCUUCAGAUGACCUUAGACAGUGCAGAUAUCCUCUAUCUUAUGUGCAGGGUCAAGCCAAAAAGUAGAGAGAUCGGGGACGCAACAAAAGUGGUAUACGUUUAGAGGAAGGUAGUUACUUUUCAUUUAGGUGUGUUCUCGUCAUCAGAUGACCUUAGACAGUGCAGACAUCCUUUAUCUUAUGUGUAGGGUCAAGCUGAACAGUCAAGAGAACGGGGAUGCAGCGAAAGUGGUAUACGUUUAGAGAAAGGUAGUUUCUCAUCAUUUAGGAGUGUUUUCGUCAUAAGGUGAUCUUAGACAGUGCAGACAUCCUCUAUCUUAUGUGUAGCGUCAACCUGAACAGUCAAGAGAACGGGGGCACAAUGAAAGUGGUAUACAUUUAGAGGAAGGUAGUUUCUCAUCAUUUAGGAGUGUUCUCGUCUUCAGGUGACCUUCGACAGUGCAGACAUUCUCUAUCUUGUGUGUAGCGUCAACCUGAACAGUCAAGAGAACGAGGGCACAACGAAAGUGGUAUACAUUUAGAGGAAGGUAGUUUCUCAUCAUUUAGGAGUGUUCCCGUCUUCAGAUGACCUUCGACAGUGCAGACAUUCUCUAUCUUAUGUGUAGCAUCAACCUGAACAGUCAAGAGAACGCAGGGCGCAACGAAAGUGGUAUACAUUUAGAGGAAGGUAGUUUCUCAUCAUUUAGGAGUGUUCCCGUCUUCAGAUGACCUUCGACAGUGCAGACAUUCUCUAUCUUGUGUGUAGGAACAAGCCGAACAGUAAAGAGAACGGGGACGCAAUAAAAGUGAUAUAAGUUCAGAGGAAGGUACAUGUAAUUACUUUUCAUUUCGGAGUGUUCAUUUUAUUAGUUUCAUCGACAGUGCACGCAUCCUCUAUCUCAUGCGCAGGGUAAAUCGAAACAGUAGAGAGAAUGGGGACCAGAUGCCACUAGAGCUCGAUUUAUGCAGAUGGAAGAUCUUGUAUCUCAAAUUUACUUAUUCUUCAUUUUGCCAAUAUGCUUGAUAUGCAUGAAUAAUUCAGGGUGAGGGUCAUGACCAGACCAAGUAAUUCAGGGUUUAAAGGGUUAAGCGCAAGAUUGUUUGUUAAAUCAUGUGUGAUUUUACGAUCGGCUUGAUGCAAUACCCCCCUUGGUGUCGUUACAUGUAUAUGACACCCUCGUUUAGAAAUGGGGCGUUGCAAGAAACUUGUGAUCAAUUUCAAGUUAACUAUCGGUCCAUAGAUCAACCGUAUGUCUUGCAAUUAAUUGCAAAAUUUGCGAUUGAUUGCUAAUCUGCUCCUUGAAACAAGGAGUAUAAUGUGAGUUUCUGCAUUUGAAAGUGAUCGAUUAUUCAUAAAAUUGCAACAGAAUAUUUGCAUUUGAUUGCAAAUAUUUCUUGCAACAUCCCGUAAGCCAGCUUGUACCCUCUGGUAAAACCUAAUCCUCAUUAGCAUGUCUCUUUCGGCAUGUUACUACAUAGAAUCGUUAAUUGGUAUUACCCGGGUAAGUAUCCGGAAUUCCAGAGAACUUCCCUGUAGAAUCAGAUGCGAUGCGGUUUAUCAAUAAACCGCAUCGUGCAUAAUACGGUUUCUCAUAACCACGUCUUGGAGGUGGUUAUUGCCAUGUCGAUCCGUAUAUUUGCGACGUGGAAUGUAAGUUAAUCGGAUUAUUCACUCUGUAGAGAUAGGUUGGUUUAGGGCGAAAUGUUUUUUUUAUUCCGGAAAAGAUAAACCGUUUUUAACGAUUCUCUGUAGAAACACGCCGAAUGUCAUUUAGGCUAGUCAGCAUGUGAUGUAUCGAAAAAUUGAAACAUGUAUUUAGGCUGUUGAAAAUAGAAAGAGGCUUUUUAUUAGGUUCCAUGAAAUUUGCCCUGGCGACAAUUGCCUAGCUAUAAAUUCCACACAGUAAUCGAAUGACCAUCUUUAACCCUGGAUUAGCACUACACCCUAACCUAAACCUAGCAUAAAACCUACUGCAACCCUUACCCUAUCUAUUAGAUGAAAUAAAGCCCGGAGUAAAU